AUGGAGCCACUGAGAGCGGCCAGCGUGGAGAAGCCCAGGCGCACCAGCUCCGUACCAGGGAGCCUGACGCGGGCCUCGCAUAGGCGUAGUAUUCCACAAUCACUCGUAGAUGCAUUGUGCGCCGCACGUGAGAGUUUUGAACGUUACGGAGUGAUUUCUUUGUUGGAGACCGCCGUAAGAGCGCCUGUUGAUGGGGUACGUGAAGCCGCCCUGACGGUUCUGAAGGACGAUAGGGAUGACAAUCCACAGCAGCAGCAGCAGCAGCCGCAGCAAAUGGAGUUGUCGUCCUCGCUUCCAGGUGUCUCACCAGCUCCACCAACGACAGUCUCAUCAGGUGAAACGAAGAUGGAAGCCUGUGCUGCUUCCACAGAGCGAGCAAUAGGAGAAACGGUAGAAGGUGAGAUGUCCACAACGACAGCGGUCACGGAUAAACCAACGUCUAUUGUUUCCGACCCCCCAAAGGAAAAACUUACUGCCUCAUUUACAUGCCUUUCAUACGAUGUCACCGUAACACGUGAGGCCAUGAAACGACUGAAGCAUGUGGUUGAAUACUGUCCAGGGAGGACGGCAGCAUUCCUUGAGCAACUUCGCGAGAUUGUAGCGACGACAGUGCCUGAAAUACCCGCAGCUCCUCCGAUUGCGGUGUCGAGGUUGAAAUCCAAUUCCUCUGCGUAUCACACAGCGCGUCAACUUGAGGCAUUGUCGGAGUUGUGGGGAAAUCGGCGAGAUGCCCCUGUUUCCGUGUCCAGCACACUUGGACGGAAACGUGGCUUGUUUGGCGAGGUGGAGCGAAAGGAGCUACACCACCUCGUCAUCUCCAUCCUUAACCGUGUCUCCAAUGACACGGAAAAAUACCGUGAGGUUAAGAACGAGUUACUGCGACUACCCAUUCCCGAGGCCAAUGACGCGAUGCUGGCAAAAAUUGUUGAUGUCUUUUUUCUAAAGGCGGUGCGUGAGCAACACUUCUCCAACCUGUACGCUGAAUUAGUCUCUGCGCUAUGCAAGGUACCGGGGGGUCAACGAAUUGUGGGCGACAAGCAGCAAAGUCUUGAGUACCGAAUGCGGCAGCAGCUCCUUCAUCGCUGCCAGAUGGAGUUUCAGCAGUUGGAGGAGCAGAGCAUAGAGCGGGCUGAGCGAGGUGGGGAAGACCGCGCCUCUCAAGGUGCGGAAGAAAGUUUUAAGGAGCGGCGGGAUCGGGUUUGUGGCAUUGUGCGGUUUGUGGGUGAACUCUUCCUACGUCAUAUUGUGACAGAGAAGGUGAUUGGAAACAUUCUUGUGACAGCCUGCACGGGGCUGUACGGUCGUGAAGGAUUGUGUGUCCCCCCACCCUACACACCGACGGAGUCACAGAUGGAUGAGACCAUCACGCUACUAGGCAUCGUGGAUGCGGCCUUCUUUCGUACCCCGUUGGGAUCAUCCAUGUUGGUGGAGUGCACCCACUUCCUGCAGCAUUGGUCGUUGCGUCAUCCGGUGUCGCGCAUUAGGUUCCUUCUGAUGUCUGCCGUUGAGAGGCUACAGAAGUUGGUGGAGGAGCGGAACGCUGCCAUUGCUGCGUCACAAGAGCAACUACAACUACAACAACAGCAGCAACAGACAACGCAAACUGCUGACGAUCCGCAACAGGUGCAGCAAUCUGUUCAGGAUGGAAAACGGUUGACAAAUGGUUCUGUUAUUCUGCCACAACCCCUUAGUCCGCGCAACGAAGAAAGUUAUUUUAACUCCACAGGAAGUCGAUCUGCAUCGGCGAUGACGAAUGACAUGUCAGUAAAGAGCAAGCACUUAGUGUUUGUGGGUGGUAAACCCAUCCCCGCCCCGCGGAGCGCCGCAUCUCGCCAAUGCAGCGUCAUGUCAAUUACCUCGAGCAAUUGCCUCACAAACUCCAGUGUCCAAUUGACGAAACAACUAGCCACAUCCGAAAACGUGGCGCAACACAUGCAAAAUGUUACACUUGCCACACGCAGCUUGGAAGAAGUGGUGGAGGAAAUAAUGAAGAGCUUUGCAGAUUACAUUGCCGUUGUGGGAGUUUGGACGGAGCGCUGUUUGACUGUCGUCAAGGCGGUGAAGGAUCGCUCGUUGUAUGGUGGCUUCCUUUCCUCCCUAAACCGCUAUCAUAAGGGAACGUCGAAGCAGGAACUGCGCAAGGUUGCCAUGAGCGCAUUUGCCAACGCGGUGUGCCAAAGGCUGCAUGAAGAUUUGGGCAUUUUCAAGUACUGGGCAGCCAUGAUUUUGAGUGAUACGGUGCGGGAAGUGCUAGACGAAGACCUGCUCAAUGAGGCGCUGCAUUAUUUGUUAGUCAACGAUCCGGCGGCGGUGAAGGUAUACCUGCGCGAUGUAGCCAAGCAUAUGCAAGCCGCCUCUAGUAGCCCGCGAACACCGAGCGAUGAGACCACGAACUUUACGCGUUACCGCCCACUGCAAGUUGUCCAUCGACACAACACUCACCGUAAGAGGGAAUACGAGCUGAAUGUGGUGAACUUCCCCGAUGUUCGUCUUGCGAGUAUGGAGAUCCAUGUAUUCUGUGCACUUAUUACGGGGACACCCUCGAAGGAGGCUCUGUUUAAUGCCGUGCGCUCCUCAUCCUACCUGCGCUGCCCGCUAAUGGCUCCUGAGAUCUUUAGCGCCAUCCUGCAUGCGGAGCUCUGCAGCAACACCACCGCGUACUUGGAGGACAACUUGGACCUGCUGAGUUUAGUCGUGGACGGCCAGGACCGUGAGAUACGCGAGCUGCUUCUUGUCGCGGAGUUGUACGCUGUCUUGAAGGAAGGCUCCACCGAGUCCUUGCGACCGCUUUCGGCAGGCGCGCAUGUCAUGGCGAAGUUGGGCGAUAGCAUCAUUUCCGAUGAGACAAGGCUGCGAGCGCAGAAAUACUUCGAGUCGCGCGAUGACUGUGCCCAUCACUACAUUGGCGCGCAGGCCGUACAACUGCAGGCACGCCACGUCCCCAGCAGCGGCAGCAGCAGCGUCGUCAACAACAGCAGCAGCACGAACAGCAACAACAAUAACAACACAAACACAAGCAGCGUCGUUCGCCGGCCCGCGAUUCAGCGCCGGUGA